GGCAGCAGUGAUGAAGGCAACGCUUUUUCUCGAGGUGGCGGUGAUUUCUCGGCCACUUUUUUUCGUCCGUUUCUCGAAGGCCGUGCCGAAACGUUUCCUUCCACACGAGUCGCGUUUGCCGUGUAAUCAAAAUGACCGAAAACACAGCCACUGUUCGGACGAGGAAGUUCAUGACCAACCGGCUUCUUGCCCGGAAACAAAUGGUCGUGGACGUCCUGCACCCUGGUCUGGCUUCAGUAAAGAAGACGGACAUUAGAGAAAAGCUUGCCAAGAUGUUCAAGUGCACACCUGAUGUUGUAUUUUGCUUUGGCUUUAGAACUAACUUCGGUGGUGGCAAAUCCACUGGUUUUGCUUUAAUUUAUGAUACCUUGGAGCUUGCCAAGAAGUUUGAGCCCAAGUACAGACUCCAGAGGCACGGACUCUUCGAGAAGAAGACACAGACCCGCAAACAGCGUAAGGAGCGCAAGAACAGGAUGAAGAAGGUCCGAGGAACCAAGAAGGCUAAGGUUGGACAGGCAGCAGGCAAGAAGGGUCAUAAGUAAACGAUGCUGGUGGACGACCGACUGUAAGCUACUAUCUUUAUCGUACGGUAAUAAACCUAAAUCGUUUUCAA